AUGUAGUAAAACAACUCUUUAAAAGAGAGAUUGAAAUGUAAAAUAGAGUUUGGUGAAGAUGAAGAGAAGCCAGAAAUAAUAAGUUUGAGUGUUGUUGAUGAUGCUUUAAAAUUUGAGGAUAGAUAUGAAGCAUUAGAAAUACUGGGUAAUAAAUAGUUUUAUUAAUGUACAGGAUAGGGAGCACAUGCAGUAGUAAAAUUGGCUAAAAGGAAAGAAACUAAUGAAUUAUAUGCAGUAAAAAUAACACGAAUGAAUAAUGAAGAAAUUUAUAAUAAUGUGAAGAGAACAUUUUAUAAUGCUCGUUGUCUUCGACAUCAAAAUAUUAUUUAAGAGAUUGAAUUGUUUAUAAAUGAAAAAUAUUGCAGUGCCUGUUUGGUUAUGGAAUAUUGUGCUUAUCCAACAUUAGAAUAAAUUUUAAUAGAGAGAGGAACAUUGAGAGAAGAUGAAACUAGAUAAAUUAUCAAAUAGUUAUUAAAUGCUAUUCAACAUAUACACAAUAAAGGAAUAAGUCAUAGAGAUAUAAAGCCAGAUAAUAUAUUAGUAAAUGUAGAUGGUGAUUGUGAAUUAAAAUUAUUUGAUUUUGGUGUUUCUAGACGGUUUUUAUAAAAAAACCAACAUAUUGAAAUGCUCACAAAAACAGGGAAUAUAUAUUAUUGUGCACCUGAAAUUUAUCAUUAAGCACAUUAUUCGAAAGAAAUUGAUAUAUGGAGUGUAGGAGUCAUUAUGUUUUAAUGUAUGACAGGUGAAUUGCCAUUGCAUGCUAAUUAAAUUAGUGAUCAAAUAGAAUUGUUAAAAUCUCCUGAAUUAUGGAACUUCAAAAAUAAAGUUAAAGAAGAAUCACUUAGUGCUUAAAAUCUAUUAUUUAGACUUUUAUAGGCAGAUCCAAAGAAACGGAUUACUGCGAUAGAUGCAUUAGCACAUCCUUUUAUAGAAAAAAAUCAGAUAUAUACAACUUUAGCAAUGCUAUCAUCUACAAAGAUGAUUGAAGAUGAUGAUGGAUUUGCUAAUAAGUGUAAAUCUCUAUAAACAAGUUUAUCUAUGAAUUAAAAACAGAAUUUACAUCGAGCAUUAAAAACUUUACAUCUUGGUAUAGAAUAUCAGGAUAUAGUAAUUGAAGAUUUAAUUAAUGAACUUGGUAAUAUUCAUGUGGUAUAAAAAAGGAAUGGAGAAAAUUAUCCAGGUUUAAUUUAGUUAAUAAAUUCUUUGGGUAAUAGUUCAGGAAAUAAUUAAUUAGAAACAAAUAAUAGUAAUGGAAAAUGUAAUUUAGGUAUAGGAUCUGCAUAAAGCAUAUGUAUAGAUACAAUUUAUAUAAUUAGUUUCUAAUGAUUAUUAGACAUAAGAUUGUUUUGGAGAUCUUUGUAAUAUAUAAUCUAGUGUUGAUUUGGGUAAUUCAGGAAAUUAUGUUUAACAUGAGGAAAAAAAGAGAAAUCCAAUUUAAUAAUUUGUAAAUUAGGUUGGUGGAAGAGUUGAAUGUAGCAUCGAUAUAAAUUUAACUGAUAGUAUUUAAGAAACAAGUUUGAAUAAUAGAUGUAAUCAAUUAAUUUCAACUCUUGAUGUUCUAGGAAUGAAAGAAUGUGAUGAAGAGGUAGAAAAUACGAUUUGA